CUCUGGCCGUGGAGGAGUAAACAUCGAUUGUGCUGUUGCUCUGUUAUCUUUCUUUAGUUCAAGUUGAUUUUGAUUAAGACUACCGGUAAAAUGUUGUGUAGUAAAUGUUGUGAAACGAGUAUUCCUGAACAAGACUUUUUAACGUGCAACGCAUGUGGUUCGAAAUGUCAUUAUCUUUGUCAGCUGAUAAAAGAAUCUAACUUUAGAAAAAUGUCUAGUGAUAAUAAGUCCAAAUGGAAAUGUAUCGCAUGCAAAACUAGCCCAAACGCGUCUACAAAUACAAACACAGGAGGCAGUCCUUCAGUAUCUACAGGCGAGGAAGAAGAUAAAGGACAAUCGCUCUCUCUCUCGACCUUGGAUCUUCAGGCUAUUGCUCAAGUGACCGGUAGCCGGGCACCGAUCGACUCCUGACUCCUGACUUCUGACUCCCAACUCCUG